GCCACUGUAGUAUAAAUGCGCCUUUUUCUCAUUAUUUGGCUGGGUUGGUCCUAUCGUUACUUGAAUACAAGGGCCCCUGCAGGGUACAAUGCGUCGAUUGACUAUGGACUCGUCUCUCGUGAACAACGUCGAGAGAUAACGUCCCUGACUAUCUACCGUAAAGCGGACUGCAACCAGCGUUGCCAAGCCUUCUUCCCCAGCUUAUCGCCAGAGCGCACUACUUUCAUCCUGCUCUUUCUCCCUUCACUUCUUCUUUCUUGAACAGCCAUCGCCAUUUGGUCUUCUGAGCAUCUGCCCCCCAUAUUAAUUCCUGGAUAUUAUUUCUCUUGAAAGUAGCGCCAUCCUCAGCAAGCUCUACCCCUCAUCUCCACCAGCUCCCGCCCUGUGUAUUCGCAGCCUUGAUGUGUACCUAGGCAACGAGUAUAGGAUACAUACGCUCCUCGAUUUUCUUCCCAACUGGUCCAGUCCUCUGAUGUUCAAGAUGGGUCUCGCUCUAUGAGGGUCUUUUGUUGGCUUUUUUAUGUGCACCCGUCCACCCAGGAACACAAGAGCGAACAGCUUCACUAUAGGUCUUAGAAUCUCUGUAUUAGGCUCUAGACCCUAAGCAGCUGGAUAAUAGUGUGUUGAAUGCUCCAAUAUUCUAGUUCUUUGGGAUUCUCUACCGCUUGGUGUUAAUAUCUGCUCCAUCCAUAAUUUGCGCAACACACUGACCCUUCACUCCCCCCGUUUGGAUCGCCCAAGUAUUCUCCUUGGAAAUUUGGAAAUAACCCGGAUCAACUUUGCAGUUGGCGGACUUUGCCAGCGCCGGUGAUUCAGACGCUAUGGAGGUCGCGAGUCCACCUUCCGGACAGCCUACACAGGCCAAAGCCGCCAAACCUCACGACUUCAAACCCCGGCUCCUCCUCAUGGGGCUUCGCCGAAGCGGCAAGUCUUCCAUCGCAAGCGUUGUCUUCCAUAAGAUGCCCCCGAAUGAGACCCUCUUUCUAGAGUCCACCACACGCAUUCAAAAAGAUUCAGUUCACUCGUUUAUGGACUUUCAAGUCUGGGAUUUCCCCGGUCAAUUCGAAUAUCUUGAGUCCUCAUUCGAUCUCGAGGAGAUUUUCGGAAGUCUAGGCGCCCUUGUUUGGGUUAUUGAUGCGCAAGACGACUACAUGGAAUCUGUCACACGCCUCAAUCGCACCAUCCUGACGGUUCAGCAGUACUAUCCCAACAUCAACAUCGAGGUCUUCAUCCACAAGGUAGACGGACUCUCCGACGAAUACCGGACAGACACUUUCUCGGACAUCGUCCAAGUGAUUUCCGAUGAGUUAAGUGAUGCUGGGUAUGAGAACGCCCCGGUUCAUUACUAUCUGACGUCGAUCUACGACUACUCGGUUUUCGAAGCCUUUAGCAAGGUCAUCCAAAAGCUCAUUCCUAACUUGUCCACGCUGGAGAAUUUGAUCAACACUCUUUCCAACAACUGCGGGUUUGAAAAGAGCUAUCUAUUCGAUGUUUUGAGCAAGAUUUACAUUGCCUCCGAUACUCGUCCUGUCGACAUGUCUUGCUAUGAGAUGUGCUCGGACUACAUUGAUGUGAUUGUUGACAUCUCUGAGCUGUAUUCGUGGGAUCAUCCGGAUCGCCAAGCGAAGGGAGAACAGAACCAGGAAGCAGAGAGCCAUGUCGUGCUGCAUGAUGAGACUAUGAUUCACCUCAUGGAAAUGAACAAAUAUCUUUGCCUUGUCUCCGUCAUCCGCAACCCCGAAGCGAAGGAGAAAAAGGGAUUGAUUGAUAUGAACUGUCGCACGUUUCAACAAGCGCUCAAUGAUGUCUUCUCGCGCAGUUGGGAGCAAGACCAGGACGGUGAGCAAAGUCAGGAUCAUGCAGAAGCACGACAGAUAGGAGGAACGGCCACGAACAACGUCUUGACAUUAUGAAUGAAAUCUUUCUUGUAUUUCUGUUGCUUAAACUUUGAACCUUUCGAGUUCGAGGAUAUGAUUUGGCCAGUGUUGGGUAGACCCUAAAUGGCAUCGGACUGCCUUUACUGGGGAAACGUCUUACACUAGUACGUGGCUUCAUCAUGGACAUAGCGGACUCUCGUACGACCCAAUGACUGACGUAUCCGCACUUUUCUAUUCAGUAAAUGUUGUAAUUUCGCAGACCA